AUGGCGCAAGUGCUACUGUUCGCAGAUAAAUGCAGGCGACGGGCACAGAAGCUAGGCACAGAGCAUUUCGCCAAAGCGGAGCAACUAAUAAUACGGCAGGCGCAACAGGACAGUUUCCCGAAGGAAACGCGGUGUCUACGCGAAGGAAAGACCGUAGACAGGACAAGUCGUCUGUUCCGCCUGGAUCCCGUUUACAAGGAUGGCAUAAUACGCUUGAACGGACGUAUAAACGCAGCACAGGUGCCGCUAGAAAUGAAGAAUCCACCCAUACUGGACGGAGCGCACCCGUUGGCGCAGAUGAUGAUUAAGAGAGAACACGAGCUACAUCAUCAUGCCGGCAGAGAACAGACGGUGAACACCCUGCGCCAAUACGUGUGGAUGCUGCGUUUAAGGCCGACCGUCAAGACCGUAUUAGGCAAAUGCACAACAUGCGCCGUACGCCGGAGGAACCCCGACAUCCCAGUGAAAGGGAACUUGCCAAAGGAGCGACUCGACGCAUACGCCCGGCCGUUUACAAGAUGCGGUAUGGAUUGUUUCGGGCCUAUGUGGGUGACGAUAGGUCGCAGGCGAGAGAAGCGAUGGGGGCUCCUAUUCACGUGUAUGGUCACCCGGGCCGUGCAUAUAGAACUCAUAGCGGGGUUAUCGACCGACUCUGCUAUAAUGGCGAUACGACGCAUGGCAGCGCAUCGCGGCUGGCCACGAACCUUUAUGUCGGACAACGGAACGAACUUUCGCGGAGCCGACGUGGAGCUUACGACUGCGUUUAAGGAAUGGCUCCCUGAACUGGAAAAGUACGUCAGCAACAAGAGGAUAAACUGGCGGUACAGCGACCCGGGCGCACCGAACCAAGGAGGAGCGUGGGAGCGACUGAUAAGGAGCGUGAAGAGAGCGCUAGCAGUGGUACUGCACGAGCGGGCGCCGAGAGAAGAGGUGCUCGCAACGCUAAUGACGGAAGCAGAACACACCGUCAAUUCACGCCCCUUAACCCACGUCUCAGUGCGACCCGAGGACGAAGAGGCGCUGACCCCCAACCAUUUUCUGAUGGGCUCAGCCGUCGGCCGUGGCGCGCAGCACAGGCGCUCGCGGAUAGAUUCUGGCAGCGGUGGUUACGAGAAUACCUACCGACGCUGA